CUGGUGCAACACUACACGCUGUACGAGCUGAACGUCCGCUACUACAUCCUGAUGCUGAUCCCCUUCGUGCUGGCCAUGGGCCUGGUGCGGGACCUCAAGUGGCUGGUGCCGCUGUCGCACACCAGCAACACGCUGUUCCUCGCCGGGCUCAGCAUCACCAUGUACUACGUGCUCAAGGACGCGCCCAGCCCGCUGACCGCGCGCCAGACCGGCACCCUGGGCGACUACCCGCUCUUCCUCAGCGCCAUGAUCUACGGCAUGGAGAACAUCGGCGUGAUCCUACCGGUGGAGAACACGAUGCGGAACCCUAAGAACCUGGUGGCCGGGCCCAACGUGCUCAUCUGGUCCAUGUCCAUCAUCGCCUUCUGCUACAUCUUCAUCGGCGCCGCCGGCUUCCUCACCUUCGGGGAGGCGACCCGCGAGAACAUCAUCCUCAACCUGCCCAUCUCGGAACCCGCGGCGCAGGCGGUGAAGGUGAUCAUCCCGCUGGGCGUGCUGCUGUCGUAUGGGCUGCAGCUGUACGUGGUGCCCAUGACGCUGUGGAGCGGGCUGCGGCACCGUGUGCCCGAGGCGCGCAGGAACGCGGCCCUCAACCUGCUGCGCGCCGCCACCGUGCUCUUCACAGUGGUAGUGGCGCUGGUGGUGCCCAACCUCCGGCCCGUGCUGGCGCUGGUCGGCGCCGUGGGCUUCUCCACGCUGGGCCUGCUGUUCCCGGCCCUGGUCGACCUGGUGGUGCACUGGCGCUCCGCCUCGGCGCUGCGCGUCACCAAGGACGUCCUCAUCAUGCUCUUCUGGCUCGUCGCGCUCCUGGCCGGCACCUACAGCGCCCUGCUCGAGAUCAUGGACACCUACUUCACCGAGCCACAGGCGGCGUGACACUGGCUCUUUUUUAUACUUCGUGUUUUAUAUAUUUUACCUUUUAAUAUUAUAUUUCGUGUUUUAUAUACUUUACCUUUUAAUAUAACAUUAUUAUUUUUACAAAAAAUACACUUUUCUUUCAAAACUGAAA